CAAUAAAACGCAGCGUCUUACCCCCUCCAAAACGCGCCAUCUCUGAUUUACCUAGGAACAGAGAGAGAGAGGGGCACACACAGAGAUGGGAACGAGAACGAAUUUCUACAAGAAUCCCUCAUUUUCCUAUAACAGAGACUUCAGUCUCUCCUCUGUUCUUCAAAAUCUCAAAGCGUACAACAUUGCCACCGGAAGCGCUUCUCCGACCGAUGAAUCACCCCCCGCUAACGAGAAAAAGGUCAACCGGAAACGCCGACCGGACCGGAGAUCACCGCCAUGUCAGAACCCUGAACUCAAAGAGACCGAUGGACCUAUGUCUCACCAGGAUUUCAUCAAAAAAAGAAGGAAGGAAGUUAGUUCGGGUCAGGUUUAUCAGGAAUUAACUCCAGAUAUUUUGGGGACUUCUAAUUCAGGUUUACAUUUAGUGGAGUAUGAAAGUGAUAAAAGCACUUCUUCAGAAUCUGGAGCAGCGCAAGAUCCUCCAAAUCCUGGUCAUAUAAAUGAAGUUGAACAAGUUAAGAGCAGAAGAGAGCAACGUUUUCCUCUUCCUGGGGAACCUGUUUGUGUUGUUUGUGGCUUGUAUGGAGAAUAUAUUUGUAAUGAGACUGAUGAUGAUGUCUGCAGUAUGGAUUGCAAAGCUGAGCUUUUAAAAAAUCUCAGGCUUUCUGAGGAGUCUUUAAGCAAUGAAGGUUGUCCAACUGUCUCCUCAUCUGGACUCAAAUGUGCAUUACCAGUUCCCGAGUUUGGGGAGGAUACUUGGGAUUAUGUUCAUCAUCACUGGUCUAAAAAGAGAUCUAGUUUAUGCACUUAUGAAUGUUGGAAAUGCCAGAGGCCUGGGCACCUUGCUGAUGAUUGUUUGGUGAUGACUUCUAAUUCUCAAUCACCCUGUUUAAGUCAAACACGUAACAAGGUACCUAUGGGGCAAAACAAAUCCACUUUCAUAUCCAGAGAUCUUCUUGGACUGUACAAAAGGUGCCAUCAAAUAGGCAAAAAAUUGACAACAGCAAAGUGCAAUGUGUGCUGUAGCUCAUCAACUUUGGCCACAUGCCUUGAUUGCAGUACUGUCAUUUGUGAUAAUGCAGGUCAUUUGAAAGAGCAUAUCAUUGCACACCCUUCCCAUCAGAAAAUCUUCUCAUAUAAGCUCAAGCGUCUGGUGAAAUGCUGUAAAUCAACAUGCGAGGUGACUGAUUUGAAGGAUCUUUUAGUCUGCCACUACUGUUUGGACAAAGCCUUUGACAAGUUCUAUGAUAUGUAUACUGCAACUUGGAAAGGAAAUGGACUUUCAAUCAUUUGGGGUUCUAUUUGCUGCGAAGAGCAUUUUGCUUGGCAUAGGAUGAAUUGUUUGAAUGCAGAUGUAGAAGAUAGUGCCUACAUUUUCAGGAGGCAUGUCCAAAAAAACAAUUCUAUUCAGCUCAGUGACUUCAUUUUUUAGUGGAGCCAUGCAAGAAAACACAUAGAUAUGAUUUUUCAUACUUGGUAUAGGAUGAAUUGUUUGAAUGCAGAUGUAGAAGACAGGGCCUACAUUUUUUAUUUUUUUUCUGAUCAGAAGACAGGCCUACAUUUUCAGGAGGCAUGGCCAAAAAAACAAUUCUAUUCAGCUCAGUGACUUCCUUUUUUAAUGUAGCCAUGGAGGAAAACAACCAGAUAUGAUUGUUGGAACUUGUUAUGUUUUCUUCUUGUAAUUGACUGAUGAAGUGUUCAACCCAGUAGCUAAUUAUUUGUCGGAAAAAAAGUGAAUGUACAGAUUCCAUGGAGUUGAAAAAGGCUUUUUGUCAAUUUCGAGUUA